CUCACACUAGCACACAGUAGCACCACCUCCACGUGUGCUCCUUCCCUCUCUCAUUAAUUACUGAAGAACAUUUAGACGUCAACAUCACAGUUCGCCGAAAGCUCGAUAUUGAUUCUUUAGUCAAUUGUAAACAAGUGUCGAGAGCUUACCACAGUUUAUGAAAUGUGCGAAUGUAUGCCACUGACGCCGCCCACCCAUCUACUAACGUUUCAAGGCACACACCUGCAUUCCUGGGUGUGAAUCGCCCACACGUGCUGACCACCAGCUGUGAGAAUAUAGGGAAACAUUGCAGGAGACUUGAAUAGGUAUGGUGGCGUCCCGUAGUGAUGGUAAACCAUGCGCAGUGCCUACCCACUGCUGGUAGACCACAACGGCUGGAGUGGAGGUAACUGUAGGGACCCCACCUCCUUACUACGAUCCCUGGGCGUCGACCUCUCACGCCCUGCUCAUCCACCCACGCUGCACGCCCACCAUGAUAUUGAGAUCCACGUGGAAGACCCGCCUUCGUCAUUCAGCCACGAAUACCCCCAGCCCCUGGCCACCACGCACCAACAGAGAGCAGCCACGUUGGCAGCUGUUGCCGACCACCGCACCAGCAAAAUCAAAUCAAGUGACAUCUCCCGCGCCUCUUCCAUCAAUAGGACGGUUCAACGUCUCCAGCUGAGCAUUCACCCGAAGACUGAAAUACACUCUGAUACUAGGCGUGUUGAAGGGCGCUCCGACGGGCGUACGGAUACUCGGGGUCAAAACACCAGCUCAUCUCGUAGCUCCGGUGCUAGCACCACAACGCCGCGGAACUCUCCCAGGACGACUUCCCCGCGCUCAUCAUACGGGGGUCGGCGGCAGGAAGGUAUUCAUCCAGGGGUUGCUGUGGGGUUAGACCAGCAGGAGCGUCAGCAGAACCACCGCGAGUACCCGAGGGGUAGUAAUGGCACGGGUAGCUGUGGGGUGGCCGCCCCCGCCUUCAGCCUGCCCACCAUAAUGCGCCCUUCCCGGCCCUCACAGCUGUCCCUGUGCUGCUCCUCCCCAGAAUACUAUUACAACGAGGAGAGACUGCGUCAGGAGCCUGAACCAGGGCUGCUCAACUGUUGUGACACCAAGAUCUCCUGCUGCCCCUGCUCACCCUGCUGCGAACCCUACUGCCCCGUCGGCCACAUGAACACAGUGUGCAUGUCCCUCAUCUGUACCGCCAUUAUACUCUUCAUCGUCCUCUCUCCUCUCUUCCACUACCUCGUUCCCACGUAGGUCAGGCACACACCUGACCACACGCCUACUUGGCCACACUCCCACCUGUCCACAUGCCUACUCAUUGGCCCAGCUGUGUGGUGGAUGGCAGUGUGAUGGUUGGCGUGGCAUUGUUGUGGGCGCUGUAUCCUGUCACUGUUGAAACACCAUUGAGGUGAGUAACCAAUUACAUGAUGACGCCCACCACUGCUGCUGUAAGUGUGUGGAGUCUCACCUUCCCCUUCAUUACCCCCACUUCUCGUGUAAAUAAGACACACUCCGUGUUAUGACAUAUUAUUGUUAAGACGCCUCGUCCAUCAGUUUACCCGGAGAACAAGACUGGUAAAUAUACGAAGGUGGAGAGAGGUCCUAAGGUGGAAAAAUGGGAUCAUGAAGUCACUAGUGAGUAGUUAAUUUAGUAAAUGAGGUUAGGUAAUCACGGUGACUUCAUAACCUCACUCCUUCACAGGAGCCCUUGUCUAUCCUUCACAAACAUUCACAGCCCGCUGCCCCCAUCCCCUGGGCAUUGACAUGUCUUGGGUUGUUCUCUGAGUGAAUUGAUGAAGUCCCAGGUGGAGGAAAGAUCUAGUUGACAUUCUGUCAUUAUAUUUUACCAUAGUGUGUCUUGUUUACACACUGUCAUUAUACUUUACCAUAGUUUGUCUUGUUUACACACUAUCAUUAUGCACUACUUUUAUAUUACCUCUCCUCCCAUCAUGUUAUCUAUGUAUUCCAUCACAGCAA